AUGGCGAUGAGGCAUCUAUCCUGGCUCCUAUUUUUCGGGCUAUGGAUUCUAACAAGUGCGAUUGAGCUAGACACUUGUGAAAAGCGGAUCUAUCUGGCAAAAGCUGAACAACUUGACGCGAAUGGUCGAAAAUGUUGGGACACUGUAAAGGUGCCGUGUUGUGGAGGAAGAUGCAACUCUAGGGAGAUUCCAGAUUGGAAGUUCCCGUUCAAAAACUCCCAUCACCCAGUCUGUGCAUACGCGGCGAGGAAACCUUUGAUGAUGCUAUUACGCUACUGUGAUCCUGGUGUGAUACCAGGCACCGAACUGUUCCACUUUAUAGGUGCUGAAGACUGUAAAUGCAAGGUUUGUUCAUCUCAGCGCACGAGCUGUGAGUGGGUGCCACCAAACUCGACUCUUUUGGACGUUCUCAAAAACAACUUCGAUGACGAGCAUAUCUAA